CGCCCCGCCGCUUCUCGCGAUACCGAGCGGCCUGACGCCGGCUCCCGGCAGCCCUUGCGCUCUCUCUGCCCCGCCGCGGCCCUGAGUUGAGCUCCGAAAAUGGUCCGCUACUCCCUGGACCCGGAGAACCCCACGAAAUCAUGCAAGUCAAGGGGAUCCAACCUGCGAGUCCAUUUCAAGAACACUCGUGAAACUGCCCAGGCUAUCAAGGGCAUGCAUAUCCGAAAGGCCACCAAGUACUUGAAGGAUGUGACCCUGAAGAAGCAGUGUGUUCCCUUCCGUCGCUACAAUGGCGGAGUUGGUAGAUGUGCCCAGGCCAAGCAGUGGGGCUGGACACAGGGACGCUGGCCCAAGAAAAGUGCAGAGUUCUUACUGCAUAUGCUCAAAAAUGCAGAGAGCAAUGCUGAGCUCAAGGGUCUCGAUGUGGAUUCUCUGGUAAUUGAGCACAUCCAGGUCAACAAGGCUCCCAAAAUGCGCAGGCGUACCUACAGAGCUCAUGGUAGGAUCAACCCCUACAUGAGCUCCCCCUGCCACAUUGAGAUGAUCCUCACUGAGAAAGAGCAGAUUGUUCCUAAACCAGAAGAAGAAGUUGCUCAGAAGAAAAAGAUAUCCCAAAAGAAGCUGAAGAAGCAGAAGCUCAUGGCUCGGGAGUAAAUCUGAUACAACAGAUGUACAUAAAUAAAGCAAAAAAGUUAGAUUUA